AAAAUACAAAAAAAACGAAAACAAAGAAAAAACGAAAAAAGAAAAAAUGAAAGAAAAAAAUACAAAAAAAAAUAAAGAACAAAUAAAAGAACAAGAAGUUAAACAGAAAAAGAAAAAAGGCCAAAGAACGAAACUUCCGAAAUGCAAUAAACAAGAAACCAAAAAAGAAAGAGACAAGAAAAAAUGA